CUCCUCAGCCUGGUGCUGCUGCAAGCUGCUGGUGUUGCCGUGACGAUGAUAUCCACCCCCCUCCCACACACACACACACACACACACACACACAGUACAGAGGAGAGGCAGCUAACAAGACGCUAUCAUGAUGCGAUGGCUUCAGGCUGGAGAGCUGACACACACUCACCCUCAUCGGCUGAGGAACACGGGCUGUCCUCCGUUUGAACCGCUCUGGGAAUUAAACCAACCAGGUCUGUAAAUGAGGCCUGAAGAGGAUCAGACGGCUGCCGUCACACUAUAAUACUUCAGGCUUUUGGGAUCUUUCAGCGGACUUUUAAUUGUUCUGGGAAAAAGAAGUUUAACGUGGAGGAAACGGAAUAAUCUAAAGGGAAGUCUUGGUUGCACACUAAAAUAAGAUAUAGAGACACCCGAUGUCCUGGAAGUCUUCUGUUUGGGGGUAUGAGCGUAGCCCCUCUUCUUCGCUGAGAUAAUGACGUCAUGCCUCUCUUGACAUCCAACGAGUGGCACAACUAGAUUAUUUGAAUGUUUCCUUCCCGCGUGCACGAUGGACUGAAGUGAACCAGAAGGGUCCAGCCCCUUUUCCCCACGGCAGCAGCGUGGGAUAAGGGGUGUGUUCGGAGGUUCACCCCCACCAGAUGGAGGCCCACCAACACUCACCGGAUAGCAGCAGUGAGGAGUGCACCGUCCUGGAGGCUCCGCCCGGAAAGAACGCCUGCCCGCUGCACGCAGGGAAGGUGGCAGAGCUGUUCUGUUCGGCCUGUGAGAGUGCGCUGUGCGAGGACUGCGUGCCGGACCACGAGGAGCACCCUAAGGUGCCCCUCAGCCAGGCCCUGGAGCAGCACCGCAGCAGCCUGCAGGAGAGGCUGGGGGGCGUCCAGAGCAGACUCCCUCAGAUUUCAGACGCCCUGUCCUUCGUUAAGGAGAUCCUCCAGCAGCUGACCAAUCAGAGAGCUUUCAUCGAAGAGGACAUCCAGUCGAGCUUCGAGGAUCUGCACAAGCAGCUGGAUGUCCGGAAGAGUGUUCUGCUGAUGGAGCUGGAGGUCACGUACCGACUCAAGCAAAAGGUCCUCCAGGCUCAAGUGGACAGCCUCGUGCGGGGGGAGGGGGACCUCGCGGCCUCCUGUACCCAGACGGAGGAGGCUCUGGCUGGGGAGGCGUGCGCGGCGAGCAUGCAGGCGGAGCAGGAGCUGCAGGAGAGGCUCGGGGGGCUGGCCGGACUCGGCCUGCCGUGUCAGCCGGAGGAGAACGACCAGCUGGAUCUGCUGCUGGAGACAGACGGGCUGAGGAAGUCCAUCCACAACCUGGGGACCAUCGUCACGACCAGUGCGGUGGCGAGCCAGAGCGAAGCCAUGGGUGCCGGCCUGGAGCAGUGCAUUGUGGGCCACCCUGCCUCGGUCACCAUCGUGACAAGAGACAAGUCAGGGGGAGCCUGCAAGAGCGGCAACGCGAUCCUGUCAGCAGAGGUCUUCACCCCAGAUGGAAGCAUCGUGGACGGGGAAAUAGUGGACCACAAGAAUGGGACCUAUGAGUUUGUGUACACGGUGCCGAACGAGGGCGACUUCUCGCUGGCUCUCCGUCUGUACGAUCAACACAUCAAAGGAAGCCCCUUCAAGCUGACCAUCAACAGGAUCUUAGAAGCAGAAGUGGAGGUGUCCCCCUCCACCACCACAGCAACCAACUCAGCAGCCUACGCCACCCCGUCCACGGGCUCCUCUGAGGGGGCAAAGAGAAGAGGGAAGUCCCCCGGCCAGAAGAAAAAGGGCUCCAAGAGGGCCAGCAGCGCCCUGGGAACCCCGCGACGCAAGACCCAGAACCCCAUCGAGGACGACCUCAUCUUCCGGAUUGGAACGAAGGGGAGGAACAAAGGAGAGUUCACCAACCUUCAGGGAGUGGCGGCCUCCUCCACUGGCAGGAUACUGAUAGCUGACAGCAACAACCAGUGCGUUCAGAUUUUCUCCAACGAGGGGGAAUUCAAGACUCGUUUUGGCAUGCGGGGGCGGUCCCCGGGGCAACUGCAGCGCCCCACCGGCGUGGCCGUGCACCCCACUGGUGACAUCAUCAUCGCCGACUAUGACAACAAGUGGGUCAGCAUCUUCACCAGCGAGGGCAAGUACAAGGCGAAGCUUGGCUCUGGUCGACUCAUGGGGCCGAAGGGCGUAUCCGUGGACCAGGACGGUCAUGUGAUCGUGGUUGACAACAAGGCGUGCACUGUCUUCAUCUUCCAGCUCACCGGCAAGCUCAUCUCCAAGUUUGGCAGUCGAGGCAACGGUGACAAACAAUUUGCAGGUCCACACUUUGCAGCGGUGAACAAUAACAACGAGAUCAUCGUGACUGACUUCCAUAACCACUCUGUCAAGGUUUUCACCCCUGAGGGAGAACUGGUGUUGAAGUUUGGCUCCAACGGUGAGGGAAACGGCCAGUUCAACGCUCCCACUGGUGUAGCUGUGGACGUGAAUGGGAACAUCAUCGUAGCUGACUGGGGCAACAGUAGAAUACAGGUGUUUGACGGCAGCGGCUCCUUCCUCUCCUACAUCAACACCUCAGCAGACCCUCUGUAUGGACCCCAAGGUCUGGCUCUGACCUCUGAUGGACACGUGGUCGUGGCUGACUCUGGCAACCACUGCUUCAAAGUCUACCGCUACCUGCAAUGAUGGAGGCUUGGGCAGAGACAGGAAGUGAAGAGAGGCUGAAGGGAAGGGAAGGGAGGUGGAGGGAGCGUUUGUUGGAGUAGAGGGAUAUGGUGCACCAUGUCAAAUUCUAGGAAUUGUUGCAUGAACCUCUACUUGCAACGGAUGGAGAAGAAAGGGGGGAAGCAAAGAAGAAGGAUUAGCCAUCAUUACAUCAUUAGACUGCAAUGAAACUGCAAAUCCAGUGUUGACAUCUUUUGGAUUAAGUAUCAUUGUAGUAAUCGUCAUAAAAAUGAAACAGAGGAUGGUGGGACAAAGAUUGGCCUUCGAGCUACAUUUACAGUGUAAAGAAGGAGAAGGAUAUUUGCAGAUGAGGGAGAAUAGAACGAUGGUGGAUUCAAGAGUUUGUAGAAUGAUGCAAUGCUGGAGUAAAGACAGUUAUGCAACGACUAAUUAUUGUCAAACUCAAACUCAUGAAGUCCGUCUAUCUCCCAGCGUGGCGUUAUUUAAAAUCGGAGGAUGUGAAAAAAAGCUUUAAAAAAAAGAAGAGGGAAGAGCAAAUCAAGGUUGCAAAAGGAAACCACUGCUUCCUAAACCCACAAUGGAUAUGAUGGAAUAAAGGCAUCGAAGAAGUAUACAAGACGUGAGCGUAUGAAUGAAGGCUGAUGUUUUGGAGAGAAUUGAAUGGAAGAUAAAAUAUUUGUAAUGUUCUGCCUUCUCAUGUUGUAUGUAAAUGUAAAAACAAUGGCCAGUGAGCUGAAAGAGGUCCACGUCUUAGUUUGACAUCACUUCUUACUUCCUGCGUUGCUUUUGAACCAUAAUAUUAAAUUGGUGCACCAACUCUGACACGUGGAAGCUACAAUUAGCUACCAACUCUACGAGGUUGUCAAGGCGUCAGAAGAGCAUCGUCGACUACAUUGUUCAAGAUUCACUUUAAAUAUUAUCAGACUAAGACAUGGGCCACUUUUAGCCUGUAGUGCAUUGUUUGUCUAUUGUCUGAAUAAGGAAUGUUUAUUUAGUUUCUUGCCAUAUGCUAGUAUACUUUAAGUCAUAGGCAAUAGACUCAACGUUAGAAAAAUGCUUGACUCUGACUCUGAUUGUCUGGAUUGGUUGUUUUCAAUUGGUUGAUUGACAUUGACAAGCAGCAGCACCAUCUUAUCUAUGCCUGGUUUGAGUGUUCAUAUAUUUUUUCCCUGAGAAAUCUGUUACAAAGUGGGGUGGCAAAAAAAAAAAAAGGUCUAUAAAUCUAUCCUAUAUAUUUGUGAGAAUACCUUUAAAGAUAUCGUGUAAAAAUGUUGUAAUCUAACAAUUUCACACACUUGUUUCUGCAAAAUUCUCGAAUGUUUACAUUCAUUUUCCGACCUUGUCCAGGAUUCUAGAAUGUUUUGAGAGUCCCGAGAAGCGCUGGUGUGAUUCCACAUGUUCACAGAACAAGCAUGCCUCUGUGUUACGUGACAACCCCCCCAGGUUUCAACUGGGAGCUCCCAUUUUACAAUUUACAGUAAUGUCAAGCAGCAAAGGACACGAGAGAAAUGUGACAUUGCAACGCAUUGGAAAGAAAGUGCUUUGCAAUAGUAAUAAUAGUAACAGAAAGCAUUUUAAUAGGCAAGAAAAGCAUUUAAGUCGCUCACGUCAGCAUUCAACUCGACAGAUUAAACGUACAGUUAUAAAACAUGUGACGGAUGCUUGCGCUGCCUCAACCUCAUGUAAGUUAUUGCUUCUAUUUAUUUAUUUAUCUAUUUCGUCUUUGUAACUUGCCAUUUGAUUGUGUUCCACCGUGUGCAUUGAAGUUCUUAAGUGCCCAUUUAUAUUUCUUCUUUUUGUACAUUUUGUCUUGUUAUGUUGAAUCAAAAUAUGAUUGUUGGCAUUUGAUACGUUUUAUACUGACUGUUUUGAGCGGACAAAUCUACAUUUCAAGCUUUAUUACAUUUUUUUUUGUCAAAUGAAAGUCGUCUUGUCGUGAAAGGGGAAAUAAUGUAGCUAGCCAGUUAGCAAAAAAUGCUUGUUAGCAUUACAUUCCUGAUCAAAACCAAUGGACAAUAACCAGGCCGGCAAACAUUGAGCUAUCCAAAUGAGGAGGUUUAUUUUGCAGUCGGUACUUCUGGGCUGUUUGUAGCCAUUGGUUUUAAAUGCUGAAUGUUAACAAUGCUCUCUAUUACAGAUAGCCAUGACAAAAACAGUCUAAUAAGUGCAUGUUCAAUAAAAAACAAUACAUUUAAAUGAAAGCUGUCAGUCCCAGAAAUGAGAGCAUGUCAUUCCACUUAUUGUGCGUCUAUUAAAAGUACACUCUCUGACUUAAAUGCCAUUAAAUUUUCAGAUUCUGCUCAGA